CAAAAUGCUGAAGUGUAGAUUUGAAGAAUGGAAGUCAAAGUCAAACAUUUUGGUUAGAAAUAGCAGUUUGCCCUAAAUUGUAGCACAGAUGGAAACUGGGGACGAUUGGUUAGCCUACGACAAGCUCCAACACUUCCUUCUCUGUUUCUCCAUCACCUUCAUUUCCUCCUCCCUCGCAUCACGGACCCCAUACGCUCUCCUACGUCGCCGGAGCAUCUCACUAGGUUGCAUCCUAUCACUCCUCGUCGGCGCCGCCAAAGAGCUCGCUGACGAGCUAGGUUUCUUCAAAUCAGCCGGCGCCUCCGCCAAAGACGCCGUCGCCGACAUCGUUGGAGUCAUCGUUGCAGCUCUUGUUCUUUCUCUCUGCAACGUCUUCUGUUUCCGCCGCGAUAGAUCCGUGACUCUAGGGCAAACACGAGCAAUCGAAAUGGUUUGAUUCAGAUAUCUGAUAAGGCACCGUUACUCCCAAUUUAUCCAUCGAUCAUUCAGGUUCUCACUUCGUUUUCUUCCCUGAAUUUGCAUCGCUUUUCUGGGUGAUUUAAUUGGUAGAUAUGUAUAUCUGUAUUACUUAGAAAAAAUGGAGGCAGAAUAUGAUUAUUGAAGUUCUGCUCUCUCUUUCCAAUUGAGGAGAAUUAACUUGGAUUACAAAUGGUUCUGUGUCUGUUUGUUUUAAGACUCUAUUUAUUGGCUUAUUAAUGAUUUAAAAAACAGAGUCUUAAAAGAAAUUUUAUGAUAUUAUCAUUGAUUAGAACAUAUAACAAUGAAUUUAAUGAAUUUAGGGGGUGUUUGGCUUAGCUUUUGUGGGGCAAAAGUGCUUUUUGUAAAAGGACUUUUUGUAAAAUAACUUUUUAUAAAAGUUAUUUUUUUAAAAUGUGUUUGGGUUAGCUUUUGAAGGGAAAAAGUAAAAAAUUAAAGUGUUUGGUUUAAUUUUUACAUAUAAAAUGACAAAAAAGGAAAUGUUUAUGGUAGAUGAGGGAUAUAUUGGUAAUUUAAUAUUUUUAGCUGAUGAAAAGUUGGGAAAAGUCAGGUAAUCGUGACUUUUCAAAAAGACUCAAAUUACUCUAUGGGAAAAGUCAUUUACAAAAGUCCUUUUCCUUUUGCCAAACAUCUUUUCGGACUUUUUCUAAAAGAUAAAGUCAAAAGUCAUUUAAAAAGCUAAGCCAAAUACCCUUUAAGCUGACAAAAAAUAAGGAAGUUCAAGUUUUGUCUUUCUUUAUGUUUGAUUUUAAAAACAAUUUAAGAUGAUAUGUCAGCAUGCAAAUAAGUACUCAACAGCCUUUCUAUUUUUCCAAAAACAAUUUAACUUUUACUUCAAAUUUAACCAUAAAAUAUGAUGGUUUAAUAAAAAAGAAUUAACAGUUUUCCUAAAUGCGAAAAUAUUUAAAAAAAAAUGUAAAGUUCUUUUAGAAAAAAAAAAUAAAAAGAAGAAUUUUUUUUAUUUAAAGGAUCGAAAAAAAUCGAAAAUACAAGGGUUUUUACAAUUUAACACAAGAAUAACAUAACAUUCAACCUGAAAUAUAGUAAUUAAUAUUCAACUGAAGAAAAUGACUAGCAUUUUUGCAUUGGAGAGGUUGUGGUACCUAUAAAAAAUACUAAUCUAUAUAGCAAUCAACUUUUUUGCAAUAAUUAUUGAACACUAAUAGAUGGCAUAAGUCCAUGAUUUUUUCCAAAUGAACCUCUUAAGCUUCUAUAUUCUUUUUAUUCAGACAUUUUAACAAACAAACAUCUUGAAUUCAUAAAUCAAUCGACAAACUUAAUGCUUUUUAAUAUAUAAAUGCAUAUCACCUGAGAUCAUGUAUAUAUAGACAAAAAAUAAAUUAUCACCUUAAGGAUAUUUUUCUAAAAUAUAUAUAAAACUGGCGGGAGUUAUAUUAAAUCUGUCAUACUUUGCUUCCAAUUCUCUUUGAUUAUUCGUUCUGAAAUUCCCAUCAGCGUCACUAUCAACUUCGUCAGGAAUAUGUUGCCAUGAAACAUAUUUUUUAAAACAACUUAAAUAAAAAUUUAAAUUUUCAUUAAUUUAAGACAAAAAUACAUUAAAAAAACACCUAAUAAAAACAUAAUAAUAAUGAACUUACUAAUAAAAAGGAAAGGUAAAAAUUACAAAUGUUAGGCUUUCACUAUCAAAGCCAUGACACGUCAUUCUCCGAUGUUGUGAGUCGCAUUUUAAAUUAUUGUUCAGCUCUAUCCCAUAACAACUUUAUUACACAAUUCUAAUCCUCCUUCCUGUUAUACCUGAAAAAUAAAAAGAAAAAAGAAAAAAGAAGCAAGGAAAUAAAAGCAAUUAUCAAACCUAAAUAAAACCUAAAAGAAACCAAACAUCAAGAAAUCAAAAAUUAACCUUUCUUAACCUCAAGAAGUGUACAAACUGUAUUGUGCCAUGAAUUACAACACAAAUUGUAACUUAACAUACAACUACCAUAUUUUCUUUCUUUCUUUUUUUAUUUUUUAUUUUUUUAAUUUUUUAAACAAAUUCCAUAGCGCUGUCAAUUCUCAACACCUAAACCAUAUAAAACACCAGCAUAUUUCUCCAAUGAACCACUAAAGAAGUUCUCUUUAAGCUUCCUGAAAGUAGAAGAAGUAAGCAAACUAUCUGAACCUGCUUGAUGACAGAUCCCAAUUCUUUCAACCUCCAAUAGUUCAGCAAGCUUGUUCAAACCUCCAUGAAGACUGUUACAGAACUUCAUCAAAUGCUUGAUGUCGUAUAUGGUUGGAAAAUACAUAUUAAUCAAAUUGAAGAACCCUGAUUGUGUAUCGGGAAGAUUCUUGCAUGUCAACACCUUCAGCAAAUAACCAAAAUCAUAACCAGAGUGGAAGGUUACCCAAUACACACUAUCAUUCAAAACAAUGCCUGACGACAUCAACAGUUCCCCGAAUCUCCGUGCAUUGAUUCCGGUUUCGUUGUUUCUCUUGAAAUCUAUGCCGCUCUCUCUCAAAAGCUCAACGGAA